AUGGUGCAAACGAGUCUAUUUUUCUAUGGAACCCUUAGGCACCCAAAAAUAUUGAAGAGAGUUAUUCGUAACAAUGGUGCUCAUUUGCAAUUGUGCUCAGCUCUUUUAUUGGAGUACACUCGCCACAAAGUCAAAGGCGAGGACUAUCCUGGGAUCGCUCCCUAUAGUGCAAGCCGAAAACUGCUCAGUUGCGAUCUGGAAGAAGUAGAAAGGACUGUUCGGGGAACCUUAGUAACUGGAUUGACGGCGCAAGACGUCGCUUAUCUGGAUUUCUUUGAAGGAAAUGCACGCUGCCCUUUCUGA